AACACAAGAGUAUAAUAUUUAGGUUUGAAUUAAUUCAUGAUGGUAAUAAAAUGUCCGUACACAAAUUUCAUUAUCUUUGAAAAUGAUAAAAGUAAUUAAUUAUUUAUUUUGCAUAAAACAAGACAAAACAAUACCAUCACAGUAACCCCUAAUCGUGAUUUUAGUGUAAUGUAAUGGAAUAAAACAUUAUAUUAAGAUGCCUAUACAUGCACCAUUAAUUAUAAUUCAUUCCAUGCUUGAUUCAUUUUCGCAAUUAGUGGUUGGUACUGGUCUUUUCCCACUGCUCUUGUAUAUCAGAAUCUAGAUUGUCCAUCAUUAAAUAAUAAUAUAUUAUGAAGUACUUCAAUUUGGCCUUAAAGUAUUAAAUAAGAGUAAAAAUAGUUCUUGGACUAAUAUUUUGUAGUUGAAAGUGCUUUGUAGUAUAUAAGCUGGCAGUAUUUUACAAAAUCUAAAUUUAUGAGACUUCCAUUUAGUCAAGAGAAUGUUAGUGGCAAAAAAUCAGUAUUGAAUAUUGCCCAAUUAUAGUUAUUUUCUGGUGUAUAUACCUUAUUCUCUUCAUGUUAUUGUUAGAAUGCAUAUUACAUAUUAUUGUAUACUAAGUAAGCCUUUCAAAUUAUUCUACAAAGAAAAGCUUUGUACUUUGUUUGUAUACCUACACACCAUUUUACUUUUUUUAACAUUGCAAUAAUAAUAAAGAUACAGAACAGAUAAUCACUUGGAUGUAAUUAGCAAUAUUUCUAUUUAUCUAUUCAUGAUAGGCCUCAUAAUAUAUACUAGAGCUUUUAAUGCAAAUGUCAUACAAUGAUCAUUCAUUUACAAUCUUUAUGGCCAAACAGUUUAAUAUGGGGUCGAAAUAAUCAAUCAAGGACACUAUUGUAAAUCAGGAUAUCUAUUUCCAUAUGAGAUUUAAAAUAGAUCAAAAAACAUCAAGCCUCAUUGCUUAUUAAUUGCUUAAAGGUGGAUGACUAUUUUAAUUUAGCUUUAGGUGUGGAUUAGUAUUUUAAUAAUAAGACUACAGUUAAUCAGUAUGUUUAUUGAAAUUUAGUAGGAUACAGCUUAUUACCUUAGUAUCCACAAUAGCUCUAUUUCAUACAUUUUUUUAAAUCAAGUGUAAAUUGGCAGUGUAGAUUUCAACAAAUAGCAUUGUGAUGUAAAGUCUGCUCGUGGCUAUGGUGUGAUUUUGACUCAUUACCCAGGUGUUGCUACUGAUUCUAAUCUGCGGUUGAAAGAUUGAUACCUUCCUACACUGACAUUCCAACUUAGUAUAGUUGUAAAAUAUAUUUCAAUUAAACAUCAGUCAUCCCACUACAAAAAAAAAAUACCUCUAAUUGGAGGGACAGUGACACAGUUAAUUGAGUUAAAAGUUACAGACAUGGCCGGAACUCGUUAGAAGAUGCUGUAGUGAUCUCAUUCAUCAAAAGAAUAUUUGUCAACUCGUAGGGCUUUUUGAUUUAAUAGGUGGCACUGUAAAUUUAUAGUUGAUUUUAGUUGCGAGCUCUCGCUAUGUCCACUAAGAUAUGAUGAUAUGUAUAUUGUUAUAAUUUUGGUAUUUUUAUAGAUUGUACCAAAUCUAAACAUGUAUGAAUGUUGCAUAAUUUUUUUUGUUUCACAACUUUAAAAUAAUGAACCUUAAUUACUUGUCUUUGUCAAAGAAAGAAUAUUACACACACUAGGCUAAAAUUUAAAAAUCAAUAUUUAUACAAUAAUGUACUUUGCACGGUUGGCGCAUUGCCUGGGCAAUUGACUGCUACGCAACAUCGUCGCGUAAAAUGUUCUUUUCUCGUACGGAAUAACUCAUUGAUUCAUCCAUAGAUUAUUGUUCCGGGUCUGGGUAUCAUGCGGAUGUUAUGUUUUUAAAAGCACCUGUUACAGAAAAGGGUGUAUUUU